CAAACGUUUUCGUUUUUUUUUUUUGUUUGUUUUCACUUCACAUUUUCUUUGUGUUUUCUAAAAGCUAGGGUUUUCGUUUUCUUUAAUUUUCUCGUCCACUUUGACGGGAAACAAACACACACAUAACUCAGAAACAGCUCCAAACGGUGGAGGAUUUUGAGUGUUAUGUAUGGGAGGUGGAGAGAGUAGGUGAAAAAAAUGACUGAUUUUCAACAAUUACAACAAAAGCCCGAAUCCGCGGAUGAUAUUUGUGUGGAAUUUGAACGUGGUUUGGAGGAAUUGAUGCGUGGGCACUUGGAUGAUUGUAUGCCAUUUGCGUCGUGUAGUUCCACACGUAACAAUGAUGAUGAGGAUGAUGAAGGGGACCAGUUAGUUAGGAGAAGGAGAAGGUCUGACCUUGAGGGUGAUGACUUGGCAGAGUCUUCAGCUGCCAGAAGGCGGCAUUCACGGAUUUUGAGCAGGUGGGCUGCAAGGCAGGCACAGGAGAUGAUAACUACGAUGGAGAGGAGGAAUCGUGAGUCUGAGUUGAUGGCUCUUGCAGGUUUGCACACAGUUUCAAUGCUUGACUCAUCAUUUUUGAGGGAGUCUCAGUCUCCUACUUCGAGGCGUCAGGGGAAUGUGGAAAGGCCUAGUACUCAGGCGUCAGGGAUUUUGCAAAUGUGGAGGGAAUUGGAAGAUGAACAUUUGUUGAAUAGGGCACGUGAGAGGGUGAGGGAAAGGUUGAGACAGCAAAGGAGUGUUGAGUCUAAUACAAAUGUUUCAGGUACAAAUAUGUCAGAGGGUCGAGGGAGUGAAAAUCAGGGUAGUUUGGGGGAUGCAAGUGAAAGUGAGAAUGAGUAUGGGACGUGGUCGCAUGAUCAGAUGGAGUCACAGAAUGAACGUGGGGAUAAUGAUGGGUCUAGUAGGGAGCAAUCUCCCGAUCUCGGCGAAGUCGAGAGGGAGAGGGUAAGGCAGAUUGUUCGUGGAUGGAUGGAGACUGGCCUUAGUGAGCCUUCAUCCAAUGCUGCCCAAAGGAAUGGUAGUCCAAGAGCUGAAUGGCUCGGUGAAACUGAACGUGAAAGGGUUAGAAUUGUUAGGGAGUGGGUUCAAAUGACUAGUCAGCAGCGUGGGGCUCGUGGGGGGCGGAGGGAAGAUCAGGCAGCCACAACUGGUGCUCCAGCUGAACAAGUUCAAGAAGGAUUAGUUGCUGACCAGGAUGAAGGGCAACCAGAGCAUAUUCGCAGGGACAUGCUGCGGCUGCGUGGAAGGCAAGCUCUACUUGACUUACUUGUGAGGAUUGAAAGGGAAAGGCAAAGGGAACUUCAGGGUUUGUUGGAACAUCGAGCUGUAUCUGAUUUUGCUCAUCGCAACCGCAUUCAGUCAUUACUGAGAGGUAGAUUCUUGCGUAACAAUGAAAGACCUGUUGAGGAGGAGAGGGCACCGUCAAUUGCUGCUAGUGAGCUAGUUCAAUUAAGACAAAGACACACUGUAUCUGGUUUAAGGGAAGGUUUUCGCUCCAGAUUAGAAAAUAUUGUCCGUGGUCAAGCAAGCAGCAAUUCUGAUGUCACAUCGAGCAAUAAUAGCAAUGAAUCUAGUAACGAACGGACUCAAACAAAUCUUUCACUGGAUGCUCAGCAUGAAACCAACGAGCAGUUACAGUCGAUAAGUCAGGAGACUGACAUUAAUCAAUUGCCUGAUCAAACUGGAAACUUGGAAAGCAACACAAGUGUUGGGGUGACCACUUGGCCAGAAACUUCUAAUCAGGAAAAUGAUAGAGGGAACUGGCAACAGUCAGGUUAUAGUCAGUUUGAUGAAUCGAGAAACAGUAAUCAAGCUGAGAUGGAUACAAACUGGCAACGAAGUCCAGUAACUGGUUGGCCCCAGGAAAUUCCUAGAAAUGUGGAUGGAGAAGAAGGUCAUCCACAUGGGGCUCAGGGGGUUUGGCAUGAGGAUGGGGCUAGAGAAGCUGUUGGAAGUUGGUCAGAGGGGCCUUCUGAUCCCCCAAGAACUCGUCGGGCUGUUCCUGUUAGAAGAUUGAGCAGAUUUCAUCCUCCUGAGGAUGAUAAUGUGUAUAGCAUGGAGCUCAGAGAACUUAUAAGCAGGAGAAGUGUUUCCAAUCUUCUUCGUAGUGGUUUCCGUGAAAGUUUAGACCAAUUAAUACAGUCCUAUGUGGAAAGACAAGGUCAUACGCCUAUUGACUGGGAUUUGCACAGAAACUUGCCAACGCCAACUCCUACUUCGCCAGAGCAGAAUCAAGAGCAGCAGAGGGAUGACCAGAAUGAGGAUCAGCCUGAUGCCAUUGAUAGACCUUCAUUGGUGCUACCAUCUCCACCAGUUCCCCCACCCCAGCCACUGUGGCACCAGGAUUUACAUCACACUACUUGGUCUCGUCACAGCAUGCACCGAUCAGAAAUUGAGUGGGAGAUGUUUAACGAUUUGAGAGCAGACAUGGCAAGACUUCAGCAAGGUAUGAGCCACAUGCAGAGGAUGUUGGAGGCCUGCAUGGAUAUGCAGCUGGAGUUGCAGAGGUCUGUCAGACAGGAAGUGUCUGCUGCUCUUAAUCGAUCAGCUGGUGAAAAAGGGAUGGUUGCAGAGACAUCAGAAGAUGGAUCUAAAUGGGGUCAUGUGAGAAAAGGGACUUGCUGUGUUUGUUGUGAUAGCCAUAUUGACUCUCUAUUGUACAGAUGUGGGCAUAUGUGCACUUGCUCAAAAUGUGCGAACGAGUUGGUUCGAGGUGGAGGGAAGUGCCCAUUGUGUAGAGCACCAAUUGUUGAGGUAAUUCGAGCAUACUCAAUACUGUAAAGACAGGUGAAAGAAAUAAAAAGGAAAAGGGAAUAAUAAAAAUCAAAUAGAAUUGAGUGGUAAGGUGAGAGAGAGAGAGCCCAUGUCAGUUGAUGUACAUGAAUGAGGAGUUGUCGGGGGGCCUGUCUUGUUUGUAGAGUGUUGUUCAUUGUUCAAGUUGUUUCCUCCGUUUUUUCUGAUUAUAUGUGGAACAUUAAGCACUUUGUAUGAUUGGAUUAACAAAUGACAUCACUAAUUCUUCA